CGAAUUUAACCUAAAAAUUUGACGGCCACUGGCUCCGGCAUCGGUCGAGUUUAUUUGCUUUGAUUAGUAAGUUGAUUCGUGUCUGCUGACGCUGACAUUCUAAACGUAAAUAUUAAUUGUAAAUACAGCGGAGAAAAUGAAAACUGCAAGUGUUUUGUUGUUAUGACUUAAUUGGUGGAUUAGUCAUUGUAUUGUAAAAAACUUCAUGGUUUUAAUGCCCAGUUAUCAGGUGAAAAAUGGUUCGUUUUCACAAAAUUUUGUUGACUCUGGCAUUUCUUAGUUUAUUUUCCAUUGCCUUGGCGCAGAGUGAUACGUAUGAUGAAGAGCUAAUGUUAAAACCUUUACCUAAUGGCUACGUUUAUGCCUAUUUUCAAUUCACAACAUUAUGGGCUGCUCCUAACACUGCUGAAACCUUUAAGCACACUCACUUAUUUCCUCGAGGAUUAGCAGAGAUUAUUGGCAGACAUUCCGUGGAAGAGUUACACAUAACAUUGACAGAAGGUCUGUGGAACUAUGAAAAGUAUGGAUAUCCAUUUUAUAGCGCUGGGCCUGGAGCAGAAAUAUCUGCAUGGUUUAGUAGAAACGUGUCAGAUGUGGAUCAAGAAUGGAAAGGAUUGACAAAUGCACUUUCUGGAUUGUUGUGUGCUUCAUUAAACUUUGUUAAUCCUGCUAACAGUUUGUCUCCAGAGUUCAGUUUUAGGCCUACUGGUGUUGUAUCAGAAAUACCACAAUCUAGUCAUUUGCGCUACUCGGCAUUACCUCGAGAGACUGCUUGUACAGAGAAUUUAACGCCAUUUAAAAAGCUUUUACCCUGUGAUUCAAGAAAAGGACUUGCAACAUUAUUAAAUUCGGCAUACAUUCACAACACAAACUAUCAUUCUAUCGGUAUUCAUUUCCGUUCAGUCUGUCGCGAUGCAGAAUGCAUGAAACUAUCUCUGGAACUCAAGCAAACAGUUUCUUUGGUCUAUGAUACAGUGACGUUCGAUACUGAGGAUUGGUCGACUCGUAAAUUGUUCGGCAUUGGAUUGCGAGGUGCUUGUCCUCUUGCCACUUUGAGCAACGUCUACGUCGAUUUGACCAACAACGGUACCACCCGCGUGUUCAAGCUUGCGCCAGAACCAUCGGUAACGUCUCUGAGUUUCAGAGGUGGACAGGAAAAUAAAUACGCUAUAUACGAUGUGAGAUCGAAAACGACCGAGGCAGCGCUAAGUAUAGCUACGGUCCACGCUGUACAAAAGUCUUCCGGUAUUAACUACCCGUCAAUUCUAUACGCGAAUAGAUACAUAAUUGGAUAUGGACAGGAGAAAGGAUCGUUGGUGACAAAGCUCUACAAUAAUCAUUGGCAGCCACUGGACAUUAUACUACUGGAAAACGUACCCUGGUAUCUUCCGCUCUACUUACAUUCCAUGAGGAUAACUCGCGACGGAGAGGAGAUCCAACCAUUGGCUCAACGAUACAUUCCGGGGAAGGAGAGAAAGCAGCCGUACUACCUGGAACUCGUGCUGCGGCUACCGCCUCGCUCAGUGACCAGGUUCUCCGUCGACAUUGACUACAUGUUUCUAAAGUGGCAGGAGUAUCCGCCGGAUGCGAAUCACGGCUUUUAUAUGGGACCCGCAAUUAUAACCGCCUCGCUUCCUAUCGCUAGGAACUAUACGGCUCUACCUCAGGACGGUCACACGAUAACUUCCAUAUUCAACGCGACGCGAGAGGGCUACUUGGUGCAGUUACGCACGGAGACACUGCUGAUAAGUCUGCCGACGCCGGACUUUAGCAUGCCGUACAACGUGAUCUGCUUGGCCUGUACCGCUGUCGCUCUGGCCUUUGGACCGCUCCACAAUAUCUCCACGAAGAGGCUCGUGCUCAAGCGCAUCGAGAAGCAGGGCUAUCUGAAUUCCUUUAUGUCCAAGGCGCGACGUUUAAUAGGCCUCAAGGAAAAGACUGCCUAAUUCGGUGCUCGUGUCUUGCUUUUUCAAUUAAUGUUCGAUUAAGCUUUAGCAAUAAGGAUAAUAAAUGAGAAAAGUUUGUAA